AGCAUGAAAAGCACCGCCUAUGCAAAAGUACGGAAUACAUGAAUCUUCACUUCAAAGUCAAAUGGUUUCAUAAUGAGUAUGUCCGUGACUUGCCGGCCUUCAAGGGUGUUUCCCCAGAAUAUUCUCUGUGGUUUGAUCCAUUUGUCAUUCAGUGGCUUGAUGAGAAUGAGGAUGUUGCUAUGGAUUUCCUCAAUGGAGCACUUGAAAGGGACAAGAAGGAUGGAUUCCAGCAGACAUCAGAUCACGCCCUCUUUUCCUGUUCGGUGGUGGAUGUGUUCACUCAGCUAAACCAGAGUUUUGAGAUUAUCAAAAAGCUGGAAUGCCCAAACCCACAGGCUCUGGCUCACUUUAUGUGCCGCUUUGCGAAGACUAUCAACAAAGUUCUUCUGCAAUAUGCUGCAAUCGUUUCCAAGGACUUUCCAUUGUAUUUGAGCAAGGAGAAUGUGCCCUGCAUCCUGCUAAACAACAUUCAGCAGCUCCGUGUCCAGCUGGAAAAGAUGUUUGAGUCCAUGGGAGGCAAACAGCUGGAUGCUGAGGCCAGUGAUCUGCUAAAGGAGCUGCAGAAUAAACUCAACACCGUGCUGGAUGAGCUUAGCGGAGUGUUUGGCUCUAGUUUCCAACCUGUGAUCGAGGACUGCGUGAAGCAGAUGAACCAGGAGCUGGUUCAAAUGAAAGGUUCAGCCAAAGGGAGCAACGCAGCCAUGGAUGCAGAGACUGUUCUCCGGCCAUUGAUGGACCUUCUUGAUAAAAAUUUGAUGCUUUUUGCCAAGAUUUGUGAGAAGACAGUCCUGAAACGAGUCCUCAAAGAGCUAUGGAAAAUUGUUCUGAACACAAUAGAGAGAACAAUCGUUCUGCCUCCACUGAGUGACCAGAGCCAGCAGGGAGCUCAGAUGAUCUUUAAUGCCGCCAAGGACUUGGGUCAGCUGUCCAAACUGAAGGAGCAUGUUAUUCGAGAGGAAGCCAGAAGUCUGACGCCACGCCAGUGUGCUGCCAUGGACCUCGUGCUUCCCACUAUCAAGCAAUACUUCCAUGCCGGAGGAAACGGACUGAAAAAGACUUUCCUCGAAAAGAGCCCUGAUAUGAAGUCCCUCAAGUAUGCUCUCAGCCUUUACACUCAACCUACAGAUGCCUUGAUCAAGAAAUAUAUAUGCACCCAAACCUCUCAAGGUCAGUCAUCCAGUGGAUCAGUGGGGGAGGUGUCAAUGCAAGUGAAUCUCAUCUCUCACCCUGGCACCGGAGAGCACAAAGUCAGCGUGAAGGUGGUCGAAGUUAACAACCUCAACUGGCAGACCAAUGCCAUGUUCCGACCAUUUGUCGAAGUCAACGCCAUUGGUCCACACUUGGCUGACAAGAAGCGCAAAUUCAGCACUAAGACCAAGAACAACAACUGGUCCCCAAAGUACAAUGAAACAUUCCAUGUUCUAAGUAACGAGCAUGGUCCAGAGGCCUAUGAGCUGCAUGUCUCCGUAAAGGAUUACUGCUUUGCCCGGGAGGAUCGCAUCAUUGGCAUGACGGUCAUCCAGCUCCGAGAGCUGGCGGACAAGGGCAGCUGCUCGGCCGGCUACCCGCUGGUCAAGAGCGUCUGCAUGGAUGAAACAGGCCUCACCAUCAUGAGGAUACUCUCUCAAAGGACCAACGAUGAGGUGGCCAAAGAGUUUGUCCGUCUGAAGACAGACACACGCUCAACAGAAGAAGUGUCG